AUGCCGGAAGUAACUCAUCAUGAGCAGUACAUGCUGCACGUCACUGCAGGUCCUACGUACAACGUCAAAGACCAUCAAGAUGUUCUCGUCAACACUGAGAAGCCCGUGAACAUCUCCUCCGACCUGAUUGAUGCAAAGAUUCAUAUGCGCAUCCAGGAAUACCGCGGUACCUAUCCUAUAAUCCACCUGUACCACACAUUCCUUACUGACCACCUCGAUCCAGGUCUGCCCAAAGGCUCGCCAAAAACCUCGCCCUACUUUGAAACCCCACAACAUAAGUACGACCGCUACUCGAUAUCCUUCUCCUUCACGCCCAAGGAAGACAUAAAGGGCGACAAACUCGUUUUCGGCAACGACUUCGACCACCCGAUUCGCGACCGCUUACCCCCGCUAUUCGACAAGGCGUUUGGCAUCGUGAAGUGGUGGAUUGACCCUGGUCUAGACGGCGAUGUGUACGGCGACGAACCGUAUCUAUACGGCGCGCUGCUCAGCUCCAUCAAUGUGUUGCGGAUAGGCGACAAAGGCAGCAAGCAGGAUGAGGCAAAGACGGAGGAGAAGAGCAGCAGCGAAGCCGAGCCAGUGGUCUACACCGAAGGCGCAUUCGGCUCGGGCGAGGCGAUUCGCAAAGACCUGCACCUCCCACCCACCAGCGCCGCGCGCCAAAAACACUUCCUCGCCGAGCAACACCGCAAGGACUUUACCUUUGAAGCCGGCCGCGAAUACCAAUGCGACUUCUUCAACCCCUACCUCGACUUCAACGAGUUUGCGCUCAAAAUCGGGUACGGACUGCCCGCGAUAAGCAUCAUCGGACACUGGGAUGGCCAGCCGCUACGAUAUGUGCUCAAGAAUCGCGAGACGGAUAAGGAGCUGUUUGUGGUGGUUAUUGAGCUGCUGCCGACGGAGCAGGCGAAGAAGGAGGGGGCGCCGGUGCCGGAGGAGAAGUUUGAGGAGGCGCAUGGGAAGGGGAAGGACGCGGGGGAGGAGAAUGAUGAUCUUGAUUGA